AUGGCCCCUUCAACGGUACAAGAGCCGGAAGCUCACCCCAGCACGGUGAUGGCUGUAGUUGGAGCUACGAGACGUCCAUGGUAUACCCAACCUCACUUGAUGCAGCUUUAUUUCUCCUUGACCUCCUUGAUCUUGUUCAGCUCCACCAACGGAUACGAUGGUUCCGUAGGUGGUAGUCAACUUGCCUUGCCCCAGUGGAAUGAGUUUAUGGGGUAUCCUGUAGGGGACUGGCUCGGCUUCAUUAACACUCUGUACGGGUUGGCCACCAUCGCCAUUUAUCCCUUCUGCGCCUGGACUUGCAACAAUUGGGGCCGCAAAUGGGGAAUUUGGAUGGGUUACGUUACCCUGGCCAUUGGCACCGCUAUGCAGACUGCUGCCCCGAACCCUGGAACCUGGAUCGCAUCCAAAGUCUUCUUUGGUUUCUCUGUCGCAGCAUACGGAACAAGCGCACCACUCCUGGUAAUUGAAAAUGCGUACCCUGGCGAGCAGGGCAUCUGGGCAGCCCUGUUCAACUGUGGGUGGAACCUGGGAGGCAUCAUUGCUGCGUGGACUGUGUUCGGCACGCAAAACUAUACAUCCUCUUGGUCGUGGCGUCUCCCCGGACUUCUACAAUGCUUACUGCCCGUUGUCGCCUUACCUGGUUUUUUGAUGACAUUGGAGUCUCCACGUUGGCUAGUAUCCGUUGACCGUCUGGAGGAAGCACGAACCGUUCUGGCAAAGCUACAUACAGGAGGUGAUACGACCGACCCUCUGGUCGAUGCAGAGAUGGCAGAGAUCACUCAGACCUUACGGCUUGAAAAGGAAGCGGCUACAUCUACAUCAUACAUAGACAUGAUUAGGACGCCUGGUAAUCGUCAACGCACCAUGAUUUCUGUCACGCUUGGUGCAUACGGCCAGCUUGUGGGCAAUAACGUUAUUUCGUAUUACCUACCUCUGGUCUUGGACACUGUAGGGAUCACAAAUGUUACCGACCAGACCUUGAUCAAUGGCUGCUUACAAAUUUGGAAUCUACUGUGGUCGGUUGCGGCAUCCUUCGCUGUGGAUCGAGUGGGACGACGUGUGCUGUUCCUCACAUCCACCAUCACCAUGCUCAUUUCGUACAUCCUAGUCACUGGUCUUUCCGGCUCAUUUGCCAACUCUGGAUCCCACGCGGUCGGCAUCGCUGCCAUCCCAAUGAUUUUCGUCUACUUUGCUGGGUACGAUAUCGCACUGGUGCCGCUGAUCAUCUCGUAUCCCUGCGAGAUCUGGCCCUACGCUAUGCGCGCUAGGGGCUUGACGAUCUCACAGAUAUCAGCAUCCGUAUUUGGUGUUGCACAAACAUUCAUCAAUCCAAUUGGCCUCCAAAACAUCGGCUGGAAGUUUUAUUGCGUCUUUAUCGUCUUCAUAGCCAUGAUAUUGGUUAACGUUUACUUUGGCUACCCCGAAACUAAAGGUGCCACCCUUGAGCGAAUGGCAUUACUUUUUGACAGCGACGAUGCCGCUAUUGAGAGUAUCGAUUCUAAGCUCCAGGUGGAAACCGUGGAGAAGGGUGAUAUUACCAAAGUUUCGGUGGAAGCUGUUUAG